CUGACCACAUCAAACGGGUUAUUGAGACAUGGACUGUAAAACAAACUAGGCUGUCUCCUUUUUUCCAGCUUUUAUGCUUUCCCAUAUCAUCACAAAAGAAUAUCCCACAUAUCAACCGGUUCUGUAGGUCGUUGGAAGCUAUGGCUGCUUUGAACAAGGCAAUGUUUUCCUGCAUCUCUUGGAGGAUAAUUGUGGUCCUUGCACUUGUUUCUAUUGGCCAUGAUGUCUCUGCCCAAUUUCCUCGCCAGUGCGUCACCCCUGAAGUUUUGGCGAGUGGGGAGUGCUGUCCGGGUCUUUUCCCUGAUCAGUCUCCAGACCCAAAUGACCAGUGUGGUGCUACAGUGGGUCGUGGUAUUUGUGUGCCAGUUAUAGUGGACACCAGACCUCAUGGACCCCAGUAUCAGCUCGAUGGGCUAGAUGACCGAGAGCAAUGGCCAACACGUUUCUUCAAUAGAACUUGUAGGUGCGUGGGACGAUUUGAUGGCUACAACUGUGGCAGCUGCAAGCCUGGGUGGACAGGUGAUAAAUGUGACCAGGCAGUAGUAGCAAUCAGGAGAAACAUCUUAGAUCUGCGCAAAGAGGAGAGGAAGAAGUUUGUAGAUGCCUUGGACCUUGCAAAGAGGACAAUCCAUCCAGACUAUGUCAUAGCCACAAGGCGCUAUGUAGAGCUUAUAGAUCCAACCCGAAACACCACAAACUUUGAAAAUAUAUCGAUCUAUGACUUCUUUGUCUGGACCCACUAUUACUCUGUCAGUAAGACUUUUCUUGGCCCUGGCCAAGGAAGUGCGGGUGGUAUAGAUUUCUCUCAUGAGGGUCCAGCGUUCCUUACCUGGCACAGGUACCACUUGAUGCAACUGGAAAGGGACCUCCAGAAACUACUUCGUGAUCCCUCCUUUGCUCUUCCAUAUUGGAACUUUGCUAUUGGUGGAAAUGAGUGUGACAUCUGCACAGACGACCUUGUGGGUGCCAGAAGUAAUUUUGAUUCUAAUUUGAUCAGUCCAAAUUCUGUGUUUUCUCGUUGGCAAGUUGUGUGCGAAUAUGUGGAAGACUAUGAAUCCUUGGGAACGAUCUGCAACAAUACAGCUGGCAGUCCGAUCAGGCGAAAUCCUGCUGGAAAUACUGCCAGGCCAAUGGUACAACGGCUUCCUGAGAUACAAGAUGUUGUACUCUGCUUAGAAGUGAAUCUGUUUGAUACGCCACCGUAUUUCUCCAACUCCACUGACAGCUUCAGGAAUACUAUUGAAGGAUACAGUGAACCAUCUGGGAAGUAUGACCCCUCUGUGAGAAGCCUCCAUAAUUUAGCCCAUCUGUUUCUAAAUGGAACUGGAGGGCAGACUCAUCUGUCUCCAAAUGAUCCAAUCUUCAUUCUUCUGCAUACCUAUACUGAUGCCAUAUUUGAUGAAUGGCUUAGAAGGCAUGAUACAGAUCCAGCCCAAUACCCAAUUGAGAAUGCCCCUAUUGGCCACAACAGGCAAUACAACAUGGUCCCAUUCUGGCCUCCAGUGACUAAUAGUGAAAUGUUUGUAACUGCACCACAAAACUUGGGCUACUCAUACCAAGUCCAGUGGCCAAGUCGUUCAUUCACCACUACAGAGAUAAUAACUGUUGCUGUUAUAGCUGCUUUAAUCCUUGUAGCUGUAGUUUUUGCUGGUGUUUCUUGUGCUGUACGCCGCAGAAGAAGUAAGAAUGAGGUACUCCAGCCACUGCUUGGUGAACAAUACCCACGUUACGCUGAAGAUAAUAAAGAGAACACUCAAUCAGUGUGAAUAUACUGAACUGACUUACAAUAAAUGACUGUGUUCUAAUGAAGAUUAAUGUUUUUAUUUAGUAUUAUGUUGGAAACUUCAUCACCUAUCUUACUAUGUAAUAUGGCUACUGUAGAAUAUUUGACAACUCAAUGUUCAACCGACUGCAGGACACCAAAAUUGUCUUGUGUACUAGAAUAGGGCUCUAACAUUAAACAUGUUGUGAAAAAGC